UGGGAGAUUCACUGUCUUCUCAAACAAGCACUAGUGUCAUGUAACUAGAUUUCACCAAAACCUGAUGUACGUACUUCGCAGGUUAGGAGGUGUGCUACCACCCGUAGCAGCUGAACUACACAAAAAGCAUAUUGAAUCAGUUGUUCUCGAUGCUGUUAGUAAGUCUAAUAUUCGGUUACAGGACUUGAGCCAUGUCGGUGUUACUGUAAAACCAGGCAUGUCAUUGUCUUUGAAAGUUGGAGUAGAUUUUGCGAAGACUUUGGCAACACAGCUAAGGAUUCCUAUCAUACCAAUAGAUCACAUGGAAGCUCAUGCACUAACAGCUCUGCAUACUGAUCCCAAGUUGGAAUUCCCCUACGUGAUCCUUUUAAUUAGCGGUGGUCAUGGUCUUUUGGGUAUUGUUCAGGGAGUCGAGGACUACAUUUUACUAGGUACAGCGUUAGAUGCCUCUCCAGGUGAUGUUCUUGAUAAACUCUCCAGGCGUCUUAGAUUGAAUCGUUUAGGGGAUGAAAGAUUAAAGAACGUAGCAGGUGGAAAAGCUCUUGAAAUGGUUGCAAGAAUUUACAAUGGCAAUCAUCGUCGUUUUGACUUGCCUUUACCACGUUCACAAUCGAAAGAUUGCGAUUUCUCGUUCACUGGGAUCCAUGUGUUUACUGAGCAUUUAAUAGAUAAAUUGGAAUCGUCAACCAGUGGAAGUGGACAUACACUAGCAAUGCAAGAUAUUGCUGAUAUUUGUGCAUCCAUUCAGUUUGCAAUGGCACGUCUUAUUUGUCGACGUGUACAACGCGCCGUUGAAUAUUGCAUAUUGCAAGGUGAUGGUGAUGAUAACGUUUCCGAUGUUAAAAUAACUCGUCCUACUGCUUUAGUUGUGUCUGGUGGUGUUGGAGCUAAUUUAGUUAUUCGAGCUGGAUUGACAGAAGUGGCUAAUCACUACAACAUGAGAUUUGUGUCUCCUCCACCACAUUUAUGCACAGACAAUGGAGUUAUGAUAGCCUGAUUGGAGUAGAGCAUAUCACACACGUCUACAGAUACCUUUCGAGAAGGGAAAGUAUGUUUUUAAACGAAUCGAACAGUAGUAUUUCUCCUUUUCUGUGUAUAUUGUUGUGUCUUUUUCUAGUGCAUCUGUUGUGUCCACUCCAUUCCAAGUGUGAAUAGUAGACGGAACAUAGUAGCUAUCCAUGUACGUAAUCCUAUAAAUUAGGCUUUCACUAUUCCUUCUACUGUUAUUCCCAUUUAAACGAACGACCAGACAUGAUAACUUGCUACAGAAUUUCUCUAAGCUAACAUUUCAUUUAUAUUUUAUAGAUUUCGUAUCGAAACGAAUUGUUUUAUGAUUUAGGAGUGUGAAGAAGUAAAAGUCGAUGAGACUGGAAGGAGUGUUUAUUAGGACAGGCGCAUUGAAGUUACAUAAAUUUGGUAUACCUCAUCUUCAAUGCUUUAUUUGCACGUCAUUUGCAAACCGGUCAAAUGUAACCACAGCCGAUAGCUUUUUGGAUUCUGCACAGUGUUUUUAACGUUCAUGUGACAGUUCUCUUCUUCGAUUACCCUUUUCUACAGCCCAAAACAUACUGUAACUUUUCUGAGUUCGUUUACUGAUAUACUACUUAUAUCUGAUUGUAAGUAGCACUAUUUUGGAAACAUGAAGACGAUAAGUUACCUUCAUAAUAAGUGGACUAAGAAAGCACUUAGGAUUAAAGCGCCGUACAAAACUUCAGGUCAUACCAAUGCAUUUAGAGAAUCGAACCGUUACACUAUCCAUCUGUUUUUUGGUGUCAGAAAGUAUUACGAAACCGUAUAAAUGCGUACAUUGAUGUAUGUUAUAAGAAUAGUGGAUCUAUUAUUUGUCAACGCAUUUUUCUACAUAGUGUUGUAAUAUUUCUUCGGUGUAUAUAUUUUUAAUGUGUUGAAAUACGACUAAGAUGCACGCGGAACUCGUUUGCUGGUGGUCGAAAACCACACACGUGUCGCAGCGAUAUGUGGCGAUCGUAAUACUGUGCUGGGUGAUACACAGUCAAAACUUUCCGUCAUUUUUGAAUUAAUUUGGUGAAUGGUGACUAACAGUGGAAUCUAGGAUGUGCGUUUCGUCCUGUUUGGGAUUCGUCAACUGGAUGUGCCCGCAUCCCAAGUGAGUGGUGGUGUUCCCACUGAGGCUAGAACCCGGUACCCAUAUUUUAGAAAGCUAGAGCGUUAUCCACUAGAUUACUUGGACCAAGAGAGUUACUGCUUGUGCAACGGGUAUCAGUUAAUACUUAAUACGUUAUUAUUACUUGUUACAUUUAGUUGACGAGCACCGAGUCUGCAUCCUGGAUCCCAAUGCUAGUCAUCAUCCAGCAAAUUACCUCGAGUUAAAUCCUCAGACAUCGUUGGAGCAUCCUCACAAUGGGGUAGAUGUGUCAACAGAGGGCGAACACUUCGGUCCAAUCAAUUAAUGGGGAAGUCCAAAUUGAAAUAAAUUUCUGUUAAAUUUUUAAUUAUCAGACAUUAGUCUACCCUAACGAAGUACAGCACAAAAACAUGAGUGCCGAGUGGUGGUAAUCACUAUUUCCCAUUUAUGUAUUUAGUUUUCUAGUAUUAUGUAUUGUAUAAUAUUAAGAAUACCUACUUGGGUGCAUUUAAAUGUAUUUUUAAAAUUUGCCUUUGACCGUUCACACAGGAAUGGAUACUUGUUACAGAAAGAAAAGUCUCCUCGCAUUACGGAAGAUAUUUCUUCAGUAGAUUUUACACCAAGGUCUACAUUUGGCCUUGAUUUUCGGGAGUCAGUGAAACAAGCAAAUAUAUCGAUUGAACCAAUCAAACUGCCCGAUUCUGUUUUCCAGUCAUAAACAUCUUUUAACUUUAACUUAUCUGUAGUAUGAACACUUUCGCGAAUAUUGUGCUGUCGAUGUAGCCGGUACAGUGUAUAUCUUGACUUAUUUUAUUAUGAGUUUAUUAUAACCUACCUCGAUGAUGAAAAAUGAUGAAAAUAUUGUGGUACGCUUUUACAUAAAAUAUACGCA